AUUAAUAAAAAGAAAUUAAUUAAAAUAAAUAAAAAAAAAAUUAAUAAAAAAAUUAGUAAAAAAAAUUAAUAAAAAAAAAUUAAUAAAAAAAAUCGUAUCCCCUCGAAAAUUUUCAUUUAAAAGGUGGCUAUUAAAGAAAAACCGUCAAAAGAAAAAGUGUAAAAAAAAACUCGAAAAACCAAAAAUUCAAAAUAUUAAUGAGCUAAUAAAUUAAGGCAUAUCAAGAAUGUGCAAUAAAUAAAACUCCGUGCAGACAAGUGAAAUCGUUUAAAUUUUGGCAUAAUGAAAAAAAUUUAGAAAAAACAUUGUCAACUAUUUCUAAAAACAAAAGGCGUCUAUAGCAAUCGUGAAUGAAAUUAAAUCUGUGUUUGCAACAAAACUGAAGACAAUCAUUGAAUUUGCUUUUUUUUUUUUGUUUUUUCUACAAAAGUGGCAACACAAUUCUCAAGUGCAACGCCUAAUCUGUGCACCCAUUUUUAAACCGCUAAAGCAAAUUUUCCUCGAAUAAUUUCGAAAAGUUGUUGCCACAAUAGCCAAGUACUUGCAACCUGCCUUGCUUACACAUUUACUAAUUUUAUUUCUUUUCGCUUCCUUUACUAUUCUUUUUGCACAAAAACAAUGUCCACUGGUCGCCGUUUAGCUAAACGUUCAAUUAUUGGUACAAAAGUUUGUGCUCCUGGUCCGGACGGCCUUUGGUAUUCUGGUGUUAUACAGGACGUCAAAACACCACCAACUGCCACGGUCACUUCGUCGUCGCUCUUGGUGGACGCGAGUGACACAGCCGCAUCCACUAAUAAUAACAACGGUACAAAUCUUACCGCCGAUACUAAGUAUAUAGUACGUUUCGAUUUUAAGACACAAACAAUGCAAGAUUCUUUGGACACUUCACCAUCAUCGUCGUCCAAAUCUUCCGUUAUAAUGGAGGCACGUCGCGCAGUGAGUGCACACUUGAGUCCAGCUCAAGCUUUGCGUCGCAACGCAAUGAUAAAGGAAUUUCGCGAGUCGGAUUUAAUUGGUCCGGGAUUUCGUUCAAUUUUGGGCAUACAAUUGCAUCCGGGUCAACGUGUGUUUCUCACCUACAACGGACGUGAGACUUCGGGUGAUGUCAUCACUCACGAUGUGGAAAGGGAUGAGGUAGUUGUCAAGAUUACCACCAUCGGAAUAGAGGUAAGUCAAAUAAAACAACACCAAAUUCGGAUCAGUUAUGUACCUGUCCAUAUAUUUGUAAGUCGUAUUAUUUAUAUUUAUAGAAAUUUUUGUGUGUUCUCGUAUGUAAGAGCUUUAUAUAUUAAAAGUAGCCGGAUUGAACGGCGACCAAUUUAAAACUUACUAGGUUGUUCAAUAAGUUUUGCGGUUCUUUAAGUUUGCGGUUCUUAAAUCCGACGCCGGAAUGGAUAGCACUUUAUAGUACACACAAGCACUAGCCAGGAAACGAAAAUAAGCGCCAAAAAGUAGGUACCAAAAAAAAACGCCAAACAAAUUGGGACCAAAAACCGCCCCAAACAGUAGGCACUAAUCAAAUAUAACGCCAAAAAGUGCACCAAAACUAUAUUUCCUACAAGUUUGCACCAACAAACAAGCGCCAAAAGUAGGCAGUGUUAUUUCUCACAAGAAAAAACUCAGGAAAAGUAGCCUAAAGUGUAUCUAAGAUAUAUGUAAGGUAUAGCUCUCUCUCUCUCCUUUUCCUGUACGUUACAUAUGUUUUCUCUCUCGUGGAACGAAAAUGUCGAAAACGUUGCAUGGCCUUGAAAUUUUACUCUCCACUCUCGCUCGUCCAUCGACGCCUAAGAAGUUUCACUUCAAAAAUCGUGAUAAAAGACCCAAAUUGCAAAAGAAAAACAUUAUUUUUCAUCAAGACGUGUCAUAAGAGCAUUUUGGAUAAUGGCUAGAAUCCGUGAAUUAAAUUUCGAAUUGUUGGAUCAUUCAGCGUAUUCACCAGAUUUGACGCCUAGCGACUUCCAGCUGUUUCCAAACCUAAAAAAUUGCAUGCGUGGUACGCGCGUUUUUCAUUGAAUGAUGGAGUCAUAACAACUGUGGAAGCUUAUUUUGCAGCCUUACCAGAUUCUCAAUUCAGGGAUGAAAUUUAUAAUUGGAAUCUACAAUAGUUGGAAAAAGUGUUUUGAUGUUCAGGGAGACGAUAUUGAAUAACAAAGUUUAUUUCUAACCACAAAAUUGUGUUUUUCUUAUCGAGCCCAAAAACUUAUUGGACAACCUAGUAUGUGUGCAUACAUGUGAUCCAUUUUUUCCGAUAUAACUAUGUAUCUACAUAUGUAUGUACAUAUCAAUAAAAGAUGUAUUGUAAAGAAGUUAAACAUUAAUUUGAGUUAAUAUGGGAGAUACCUGAACGAUUCACGAAGCAAGAAGCACAACACAAAAAACCCCCAAACAGCAACUCAUACAUGCAUAUGUUUGUACAUGGUUCGUAUGUAUGCAUGCUUUUUCUAUACUAUUCCACCUGCAAUCGAAACGUUGCAGCCUUUUCUAGCAAAAGAACGACUUUGUUCAAUGUUUUAUAUUGAAUAUCCCCAUGCUUUCGAAAACUUUUUCAAAUACAUUUUGAAACUUAUCGGCACUCUCUGUAUUGAUUGUUGAUUGACAAAGCAUAAAUAGAAUACAUACAUACAUACAUAUGUAUGUACACAGACUUUCACCACCAAAUAUGCCUCAAAGUUUGCAGCACGGCACCAUUGCUGCCAUUUGGCACUGGUCGCAUCAGUUAGAGGCUGACGCUGAGGCUGAGGCAAAACAAAAAAAAAAAAAAAAAAUCGCUCAAUAGAAAAUGGAGUUCAUGCUCCAAGCUAGUGCGAUGCGGUAAUUUGCUACUGUUGCUGUUGUUUAUUAUGCACAACAACAAUAACAAUCAAAACAGCUCAACCAGAAGUUGUAUGUGGCAGCAAGUAGAAGUCUACUGAGCAGCAAUGGCAAAGGCGGUGGCAGCAAUGACGUACCAUAAUUUUAUGCUAAGCAACAUUUGGAUACGCCAUGAACGAAAUACAAAAGAAGCAUGUGAAGUAAACAAAAAAGCAACAUAUGCGCAGCGACACCAACUAACAAAAAUAUCAAAAUGAUGUGUAUGUGUGUGUGUGUGUGUGUAUGUAUUUAUAUAUGUAUGCAUGGCACGCUAACUUGAAUCGACGUAUUCACAUUUGUGUGUGUGUGUGGAUAUUUUGGAGGCAAUGUGCAGCGUUGAUGCCCAUAAUGGCAAUGGAGGAGGAACGAACGUCUGUGUAGGGCAGAAACAUACGCACCAGAACAUUUUAAUUUGAUUAAAUUUCAUGUGACCUAAUUCGAACUAACUGUUUGUGGCGGCAGCGGCGGCAAUGCUGUUUCAUACGCUGGAAGCUCGACUGCCCCAAUCAACUUCGCGCAUACAACUUCAGGCGUCGCUCAAUUUAUUUACUUUUUCCGUUUUUCUGCUGGCUGGGGCAAAGUGGCACUCUUUGUAUUACAUAUAAAUGUAUCUGUGUAUGUAUGUAUGCACGUAUGUACGCCUGCACCCAAACAUUUUUUGUGCUAUUUUCUUUGCCUUUUGUUCAUUUCUAUUAUUGCCACAUUUUUUGCCUUAUUUCGGGUAUAAGUUUGGGUGGCAAUUGCACUGCCAAAAAGACUCGCUCAUUGCUCGCUCGACAGUGGCAAACAGCAAAUGACAACUGGUUCGCAUAAUAAAACACAACAGCGAUAAUAGAUUGCAAAUAAAAAGAACUAAACCAUCAACAGUAAAAAUGCCGUAUUUCCUGACAAAAUAAUGAGUGAAGCAGAAUACCCGGCCCGUUUGCCAUCAGAUGUGUGUGCAUGUGUGUAUGUAUGUAUGCUUAUAAGCGCAGUGCUUUUGUGUGGCAAGUGAUUUCAAUGCCCAUUUAUGAUAACAGAACAAAGCUGCCGUAUACUUUGGUUAAUAUAGAGAAAAUCUAUGUGGCCAAACCGUAUAACGGAAGCGACCUAAGAAAAUGGGAUGUCGUAAAACGCAUUUAGCCAACGAAAGUUGUUAUUGUUGAUGGCUUGAGUGUAGUAAGCAGUAAGUAUUAAAUGCGGCAAUUGGCCACCUACAGCGGCUGGCACUAAUAAACGCCUAUUUAAGCCACCCUUUCGUUGCCGAAUGUUCAGGGUGCGUGCAAACAGAGCUGUCUGUCAGAGCCCUACAGGGAAGUACUGAAUGCCGCAUAAGGACUCAAACAGCCGCAUAAGAACUCAACGAGAUUUCGAAUUUUAUUUCGCUUGAGUUUUCUUUGCCUAAGAAUUUUAUUUUCAAUUUUAUGUUAGUGAUUUCUGUACUUAGUUCUAAGUCAGUGUUUUAGUCAGUAAGAACGUUUGCUGCCUAUUGAUUUUUUUGUUGAAGACAAAUAAAUAAAUAUCGGUCAUGGCGCCGUGUGAGGAAUUUUGUUUUCAUUCACCCUCCUUAUUCACUUCUCUCGGGAGCAUAGGGCCUCGACAAGACUCUUCCAUCGUACACGGUUCUGUGCUGUUGUUUUUGCACCGUCCCAUGAGAUGUCGGCAUCUGUUAGUUCGCGCAGCAUCGACCUUCUCCAAGUGUUUUUUGAUCGACCGCGACCUCUGCUCCAUUUUCGAGUUCCAGUGCAGUGCCAUUCCCGUGAUACCAUCUGGUGGUUUUCUCUGUGUAACCUAUCCACCCCCACUUUCUGCAUUUGAUUUGCCUAAGGAUGGGUUCUUUAUUUGUUAAUCUCCACAGUGCGUCGUUACUGAUUGUGUUUGGCCCGAAUAUUCUGCAGAUGAUGCGGACGCAUUUGUUGAUGAAGGAUUGUAGUGGGUAGAUGGUUAGAUGGGUUUUGAAAUGGAUUGCGGGUACGAGAUCUCAAGGAAUGUACAAUAGAUUAGAAACUUCGUCCAGCCGAAGCAAAAUCUUGCGAGUAACCUCAGUUGCCCCUUCAUGGGGUAUUCGAAAAUAGAUCUCUGCACGCUCGCUUCACGCGUGCUCUUACGCUCCUCAAAUUUUCGUCGUUCAGACACAACGAAGCCACAUGAACGAAGAUUGUAUUGAUUUUUGUCGUAUAUCCCAAAAAAAAACUCAAUUUUAUCACAAACAAACUGUCGUCACAUCCCAAGUGACGUCAGAAAAUCAGCUAACCCCUUCAAAUUCGCUGUGAGCCGAUUAACGGUCUGAUCUUGGCUACACUUCCCAGUACAUCGACGUGUAAAAUUUACCAGUUAUAUAUAUAAUUGGCACUUUUUAGGUGUUUGGCCUAGCUCCUCCUCCUGUUUACAGCGUAUGUCUUGUUGUUGUUCCCCAAAUGAAGGAACCUAUAGUUUCACGCCCACUCCGCAUGGCAGAUAUUUUUUAUGAAGAGCCAUUUCAAGGCAGAAAUACACUCGGAGGUUUGUCCCUGGCUGUCAGGGGGCGACCGCUAUUAGAAAAAAAAUGUUUCUUCAACGUACGCCGAAUUCCGAAUGGUAGUCAUGCACCAAUUCGGCUGCGGCGGCCUUAUCAAGUAGGGUAGGUUUAAAAGUUGCCUCCAAGUAUAAGAGGCCUCACUUCCACGGAAAUGAUAAUUUCAAGUUUGUUUUCACAUUGAAAAAGGCUUAAGGAGAAGCAGGAAAGAUUUUAGGGUAUGAAUUGAAUGACUGAACCACAACGGUUUGCAGUUGUGUUGACCGCUGCGUGCUGCUGAUGAAAUUCUGCAAGCCGGGGAUAUCCAAAUCUGUUAUUUUUGGGAGCGUAAAGCCGGAUGCCCAAAUCUUCGUCUGGCAAAAGUAAAUAUCGAAAAGUGUCUACGUAUGAUUUUAUGAGGUGCGUGUAGAAUUAGUUUAGAAACAAAGACGGGAAUCAGCUCAACCGCAGCUACACCGCGAACUCAAGGGCAAGUUUUGGCACGCACUCCGCAGCCCUUUAGAGUUUUAAAGGAAAGCAGUGAGGACAGUAGCCCAUUAGCUAUUGGGAGGUUGAAUUAGUUUUAAAGGUGACACACAGAUGGCGCUAUUUAUCACUUUAUCGCGUUGGCAAUACUGAAUAUAUAUUCAUGACAAAGUCUCAUCCCUAGGCUUUGUUUAUCAGUAUCUGUCAUUUCGCUGAAGUAUAAACAACGCAGUGUUUUCGUGCUCCGAGUAUGUCAACUUUCGUGCCGUCGAAACGCAAUUUGCGGGAAGCUUUGCUUUUCUGCUUCAAUUUGAAAAAAAAUACAGCCCAAGCCCGUGAAUUGCUGCAGGAGGCCUACCCAGACCAUACUCCGUCGAUUUCAAUAUGUGAGUACUGGUUUCGACGAUUCAAAAGUGGUGAUUUUCACACCGAAGACAAGGAGCGUCUUGGCCAGCCCAAAAAGUUCGAGGACGCGGAAUUGGGGGAAUUGGUAAACGAGGACUCGUGCCAAACCCAAGAAGAGCUUGCUGAAUCAUUGGGCGUUGAUAAAUCAACCGUUUGCAAGCGUCUAAAAGCGAUGGGAAUGAUCCAAAAGCAAGGACAUUGGGUCCCGUACGAGUUGAAGCUGCGCGACGUCGAACGGCGACUUUUUACGUGCGAAUUGCUGAUCGAGCGACAAAAUCGGAAGGGUUUUUUGCAUCGGGUGGUGACUGGCGACGAAAAAUGGAUCCACUACGAUAACCCAAAACGCAAAAAAUCACGCAUCAACGUCGACGGCCAAGCAGAAUAUUCACGGCAAGAAAAUCAUGCUCUGCAUUUGGUGGGAUCAGGUCGGCGUCGUAUAUUUUGAGCUGCUCCAACCGGGCGAAACAAUCACGGGGGAUCGUUACCGACUGCAAUUGAUGCGUUUAAGCCGGGCAUUGAAAGAAAAACGGCCGGAAACGGUAAAAAGGCACGACAAGGUUAUUUUGCAACAUGACAACGCUCGGCCGCAUGUUGUUCAACCUGUCAAAAAUACCUUGGAACGCUUGGCUGGGAAGUGUUACCCCACCCGCCGUAUAGUCCAGACAUAGCUCCCUCCGAUUAUCAUUUGUUCCGGCAUAUGAGUCUCGAUUUGGCGGACCAGCGGUUCUCCUCGUACGAGGCUACCAAAAUAUGGGUUGAGUCAUGCAUAGCCAAGCAGCGGCCAGAAUUUUGGAGAAACGGCAUCCGGAAAUUGCCCGAAAGAUGGGCGAAAGUUGUAGCUAGCGAUGGCCAAUACUUCAAAUAAAAUAUUUUGUACCGUUUUUUCACAAUAAAGCCCCAAAUCUUCGAAAAAAACCUUUAAAACUAAUUCAACCUCAAUAUUUCCGCUGAGUUUGCUCCAGCAGCUCAGAGAUCGAAAAUCUAAAACGAAAAUCAAAAUCGUAAAUAUCGUUUAAAGCAUGGGGUCGUCACCCCAAUUUACCAGAAAAAGAGACGUAAAGCGAAACUGGGCGUAGUUCUUAUCAAUGCUGGAGUAGUACAAAUAUUUGGUAAUUCUCAGUCGAGUGGCAGAGUCAAGAAUUUCACUGCUAACAAGCAAUAAAGAAUACAUACUUUUCGUACUUACUUAUGUAUCCACAUGCAUCUUUGUGUGUGCCUAUCUGUACAUAUAUUUUAUAUACCUAACCCAAUAUUUACCCAACAAACAAACGAAGCUUUAAUGUAGAAUUGUACUACAGCUUAAGAAAAAUUGGAGGAAAAAAAGAUUUGAUAUCUUAUAGAGAUUUUGGAUUUUCUAAAAUGUUUCAAAUUGUGGUUGCUGGGUAGGCCCGUCCAUCGGAUACACUACUGGCAUACAAAUUCUGUAAAUGUAAAAUGUAAGCACUUCCGUCAUCAUGCCCAAAAAGCAAGCUCACGGUUACCAACACAGGCGAAACAACUUUUUCAGGGGCAUCAGCAUUUUUUGUGAGCCCCACCGUUGAUUCAGCUAACAUUACUUGUGUAUAUGUACGAGUACAAUCAUUGUGAGUGUGUCAUCAUCGUCAUUGUCGUCGUCAUCAACAACAACAGUUUGUACGUUUGCCAAAGCCGCUAAUGCUGCCUCAAUAGCUUUCAGAGUUUGGCAUUAGAUUUAAUGUUUUUGCUUCUGCGUUUUUGGUUGGUUUGCGUGUGAAUUGGAAAACUGGGUAAACUGUGAGCUAGCAGCAUAUUGGGGUGGGGCUCUAUUGUGGUUCUAUACAUUCCAGUAUGAAUACUAUGUAUGCUGAAAAAUAUGUUUAUACUCGCGUUAGGGACAACCACCGGGUGUGACAUUUACUUUUUAGUUGGUAUUAGACAAUUUUCCUCAACUUUAGGCAACGGUUUCAGCUUAUUUUUGUUAGUAUGGCAAAUAAUAAAAGCUGCAUGGUAAAGCACGAAAAAAAAAACUAGAAAUCUAGAUUUAUCUUAAAAACAAAUUAUGUUAAUCGAAAGCAGUUGAGUUGUCUAGCGAUAUAACUAAAAAUUGAAUAAAGAGAGAAAUUUGUUCUCUCUAGAAGGAAGGAAGGAAG